AUGCAAGCAGAAACGUCGGUAGAAGACUUUAGAAGUACGUCCUUGGCAGGCACCACAAGUGGGGUGGCCAAUGGUGGCGUAAAAUUGGAAAAUUCGCCUACAAUUGAGGAAACACACGCUAUUCCAGAUGCAUCAGAAGGCAAACCCACGGCAGAAUUAGAGACCGAAGUUGAAUCGGAACAGGAUGCCAACCAGCAACAGACAGGCCAGCAGCUACCGCAACAAACGGGGAUCAAGGUUUUGCAUCACAGGGUGAGCGGAUACGUCGGCUUUGCGAAUUUGCCCAAACAAUGGCAUAGAAAAUCGAUCAGACGCGGGUUCAGUCUGAACUUGCUGUGUGUGGGUCAAAAGGGGUUGGGAAAAUCGACUUUGAUCAACACUCUUUUCAACAAGCCCCUUUACGACCUUUCAGCAGCCGCUACAGCGGAUCUGGCUGCUUUGAAGCUCGGAAACGCAGGCGACCGCAUGGCCGGUGCAGAUAUCGAUCCUAGCCAGCAACCACGGGAGGAGCUUGGCACGCAGCAGCAGCAGCAGCAGGAGGCGGGCCAGGCCCGCGACCCUACAAAAGUGGAGGUGAAGAUCGAGACUCACACCACCACAAUCGAGGAAAAUGGUGUCGCAUUGACCCUCAAUGUGAUCGAUGCUCCUGGUUUUGGUGACGGUAUCAACAAUGCAGAUGCGUGGGUACCAAUUGUGCGCGAAAUUGACCACCGUUUCGAUCAAUAUUUGGAUGCCGAAAACCGAGUUGACCGCAACUCCAUCGAAGACAACCGAGUUCACGCGUGUCUGUAUUUCAUAGAGCCCACAAACCAUUCUCUUAAAGCCCUGGAUCUCGAGUUUUGCAAAGCUGUUCACCAGAAAUGUAACCUCAUCCCAGUGAUCGCCAAGUCGGACAUCCUCACAGAUGAAGAGAUCGAAGAAUUCAAAGCUACCAUCCGUGGCCAGCUUGAAAACGAAGGAAUCGAAUUGUUUGAGCCUCCUCAAUACGUGCUUGACGACAAAGAGACGGCUGCACGCUCAUUGCAGCUCCAUUCCCAGAUGCCAUACGCCAUUGUUGGUUCGACGACUCAAGUUUCCACUGCAGACGGCAGGCAAGUAAGGGGCCGUGCUUACCCUUGGGGUGUCAUUGAGGUGGACAAUGCAGCACAUUCUGACUUUGUGCAUCUGCGUGAUCUACUCAUCAAAGUCUAUCUAAUGGAAUUGCGUCGAAAGACCGAGAAUGUGCUGUACGAGAGAUACCGGUCCGAAAAAUUAGGUUUCUUAAACAUCAAGCAAGACAAUUCGGUGUUCAAAGAAUACGACCCUGAGCUCAAGCAAAAGGAAGAGAAGCAGCUGCACGAAGCCAAGCUGGCAAAGCUAGAGGCCGAAAUGAAGGCUGUGUUCCAACAGAAGGUUAAUGAAAAGGAGAAAAAGCUGCAAAAAUCAGAGGCCGAACUUUUCAACAGACAUAAGGAGAUGAAAGACAAGCUCACCAAGCAGCUCAAGGCUUUAGAAGAUAAGAAACACCAAUUGGAAAUGUCCUUAGUCAAUCAAUCUGCCAACUCACCUGCGCAAACCAAAAAGAAAGGCUUUCUCCGCUAA